AUGGGUGGCAAGAAGAAAGUCCGCAAUAAUAAUAUACGAAUGAAACUGGAAGAGAAGAAGCGGCGCGAAGUGAAGCAAAGAAAUGAAAUGAAUCCAUUUGAACUGAAGCGCAACAAAAUCAAACAUCAAGUACUUGGCCGAAAAGUUGCCAAAAAUGAAUUGGGAAAACCCCUUCUAAGCCGAUCCCGAGGAUUUCAAAAACGGUCGCAGACUUUGCUUGAAGAAUACCGUAACAAAGAUAAGAGCGGUCGAGGAGUCCAGGAUUUGCGCGACACAAAUACUGACGAGCGGAUCACCUCAAAGUACAAAGAAAGCCAAAGGGAAAUCAACUUUGGUCAAGCAGAAGAGAUUAAGCUGACUCACAAAGGCAAACCACUAGACGACUUUAUUGAUGAUCGACUUUCAUCAGAUGACGAAGAUAUUGACUUGUUCAGCCGAGAUGACUUUGUGGAACGUACGCACUUUGGUGGUGGAGAUGACGGAGCUCCUCGAAGCUCUCGGGACGUGUUACACGACAUCAUGCAGGAGAAACACGAAAAGAAAGCAGCAAAGGAAGAGGCAGUUCAGCUGACUGAAAAGCUCGAUUCACAGUGGAGUGAGCUAAAGUCCUUGAUGCAAUUUAAAGGGCCGAAAAUUCCAGGCGACAGCACUCGCGAUGAAUACGACAGUCUUCUUACUCAACUCAUCUUUGAGGGCAAAAAGCCUGUCCAGGAGGACCAGAAAAGUAAAGCUUCUCCUGAAAAAGCAGCUGUUGGCAAAGUUAUAGAAAAUGAGCUUUCUCAAAUUGCCAGCACUCCCGAUGCGAUGCUGAAAGCCAAGCUCAAACAAAUUGACGCAAGUUCGGACGUUGAGACCGUCGUGAAGCUGCUGAAGGAGGCAAUGACUCUGUUGCCUAGUGUCACUAGAAAAUCAUUUGACAUGCUGAAAGAUCGGCUACAGAACUGUGUUUCCUCUCGACUCAAGUUCACCCCCAAGGAGAUGGCUUUGCUGAUGAUGUGUGCCAACUUCAAAGAACUACAAGUUUUAACACACUUGCUCAUUUUGCGAACACUAA